AACAUCUUGUUACCGCUGAAUUCUGAAUCGCGCGUUUAACUUAUCAGACGUGAUUCGUUGAAGCAUCUAUUAAAAGUUGAAACUCCUAUUUUCGACUCAACAAUUUAUCGAAUGUUAUUGUUAUUGUUCACACAAGUGGAUUGAAAAUUUGUGAGUAGAGAAUGGGCAGUAGAAGUAGUGCCAAAACUCCAAAGAAGAUUGGAAACAACUCAAACUCAACCCCUGCUUCUUUAGAAAUUAAUUGCUAUGAAGGAGAAUCUCUGACCAAUCUGCUCCAAUCAAUUCUUAGGGGGAUUGAAUCCGCAAGACAUUUAGAUGGAAGUUCAUUGCCAGAAAAGAUAUGGAUAAAGCAACAAUUUGCUAUUGGGGUCAAUGAAGUAACUCGUGUCCUUGAGCGUAUGAAACCGUGUGCUGAGUUGGAAAGGUCAGCUCAACUCCUCCCUUCAAUCACAAACAAUCAUAAAUCACCUUCAGUCAAACUUCAGGCUGUGCUUGUAGCUUCUGACUGUAACCCGCGAUGGCUGACAAAGCAUCUGCAAAGUUUGGCUUCAUCAAGGAGUGUGCCUCUGAUCUUUGUUAAGGAUAAUAAAGAAGGUUCUUUGAGAUUAGGUGAACUUGUAAAAUUGAAAACAGCCAUUGCUAUUGGAAUUAAGGUUAAAGGAAACGCUAUUAAUAAAUAUGUUGAUGAUAUUAUUCAAGCCGAUAGAUAUAGGCUCCAACCUGAUGGACCAAAUUCAGGUGGAAUAUUUGACAAUUUUCAAGACACUGACAAAAAGAGAAAUGGUGUCACAAAUAUAGUUUAGUCACUAAAUUUAGGAUUAACACCUAUUUUUAGCCCCAAAUUCUAAAGAUGCAGUUUUUCUUUCUCUUUUUGGGGGUUAAAAAUGGUAUAGUUCUUUAUAGCUAACUACCUGUUACAUUUUUAAAGUUAAAGUUGGAGAAACAUAAUUCUUUAUAAUGAUAAAUUUUCACAUGAGUCUGAGGAUCAAACAAAGCCUUCCAAUUUGUUCUUUCUUGUUCGAUAAAUUGGAUCCAGAUUAUUAGCAUUGAAGUGUCCAUUAGGAACUAGCACUUGCUGAAGGGAGUUUAUCUGGGAUAGAGCUAUCUGAACUAGUGCUGGUUUCACGGGACAACAGUUUACGAUGAUAUCUUACUGGCAGCAACAAACCAACCAAAAGAACUAUGUUUGAUAGGUUAUCGACUUUGCUGGUUUACGUUAUUGAGGAUAGUCCAAUAAGUAGAGACAAAAAGAGAUGAAGAAAUUAUCUACUAAAACCAAUAUGAAGUUUUAUUUAUUUAUUUAUUUUGAAUAGUCUGUCAUUAGAGAUGACUUAUGAUAACUGAUGACAUCGCUUCAUGUAAUCCUUAUGAGUUUAUAACCGGCUCCAUCUAGUUAAAAGAAACUUGUGUGAAGUA